GCGGAAGACAUGGCGCUGCGCAUAGGACGUGCUUACAGAAGAGAGUCUGUGUUGGGGAUAAGUCGUCUACUUUUAUCUGCAGUUCCCUGGUGUCAGUCGAGCCAGCGUACCCACCAUACUCCUGGCACCCCUCUGAAGUACAUACCACGCCGCGCCGUCCUGUACGUUCCCGGCAAUGACGAGAGAAAACUGCGGAAACUAACUUCUCUGGAUGUGGACUGUGCCGUUCUCGACUGUGAGGAUGGAGUCGCCCUCAACAAGAAGGAUGCAGCACGGAAAACUAUCCCAAAGAUGCUGGCCGAGUUGGAUCUGGGACGUACGGAGAAGUGUGUGCGGGUGAACUCGGUGUCCAGCGGCCUGGCUGAGGCUGACAUGGAGGUUAUUCUGCAGGCAGACGUGCUCCCCACAGCUCUCAUGCUGCCAAAGGUGGAGGAUGCAGGAGAGGUGCAGUGGUUUAUCGACAGGUUUCAGCGUUACUUAAAAGGCAGAGAGCUCAAGGAACCCAUCCGCUUGGUCACCUUUGUGGAAACUGCUGUGGGUCUGUUGAAUUUUAAGGCAGUGUGUGAAGCACUUCGAGAUCUUGGGCCAAAGGCAGGUCUUCAUCAUGACGGAGUUGUCUUCGGGUCAGAUGACUUCUGUGCGAGCAUAGGAGCCACACGCACUAAAGAUGCUAAAGAACUCCUGUAUGCGCGACAGAAAGUGGUGGUCACCACCAAAGCGUUUGGUCUCCAGGCGAUCGACCUUGUUUACAUCGACUAUCAGGAUGUGGAAGGACUGAGGCAACAGGCCAGAGAGGGUGCGCUUAUGGGCUUCACUGGAAAACAAGUGAUUCACCCCAAUCAGAUCAAGGUUGUUCAAGAGGAAUUUGCCCCCAGUCCAGAGAGAAUCAAGUGGGCCACGGAGCUGAUCGCGGCAUUCGAGGAGCAUCAGAAGUUGGGAAAGGGGGCUUUCACCUUUCAUGGCAGUAUGAUUGACAUGCCAUCUCUGAAGCAAGCUCAGAACAUUGUCACGAUGGCUUCAACUGUUCAGGGAAAGUGAGCCAAACCUGAGUUCCUCAGACAUCAAAAUCCACACCAUGCUGGCUGUGCCGUGCACUUCUCGUCAAGAGCUAAAAACGACUUGUGCAUUUGUUUAACCAGCAACAGAGAUGAUGUUCUAGUUUAUGUGUUGAUUUCAGAUUAAUUGACUGAUAAUUUUUUCUACUGAAAUUCCUGGUGCAUUACCAUUUUCUGCAUUAGUUUGCAUUUGUGUGUGUGUGUCAUGCCCGCCCCCUGCCUCUCUGUGUCAGGGCAGAUGAUUGGCCGUGGUAAAGGUUGUGUGCGCCCAACGAAAGGGCAAACAAACAGAGCUGCCCUGCCGUCGAGCUUCCAUUCAGCCUGAAGGCUCCUCCAGGCCCCGAAACAUCAAAGCGCUAUUUGCCAAGAAGCGGCCGCAAAUUUACUAAAACCAACAUUGAGAGAAUGAGCAUGUGAGCCCGCUCUAAAUUGUAGGCCUUUGUUUCACGGGACUCAGCAAGCCAGUUUGUUCUUCAAGACAAGGCUUGAAUGCAUCUGCAGCCUGGCGUGUGCUCUAUGCGGCGUGCCACGCGCUCACUCGCAAACAUGUACACAAAGGGCUCCACGAGGGCUCGCUCUAUGUAAAUAUCAGCAUUUUUCCAUGGCUUUGUUCCCCGGUCAGUGGUUCCCAUCUCCAUCCAGCUUCGAAGUCACCGUGAACAUGGCUAAGUGCUCAAAAGAUGUGCCGCCGAUGUCCAUUUCACCAGUGUUCCUCACACACACUUUGUCAAGAAUGCCUCUUUUGAAAUAAAACUCCAGGAUGUCAUUCCCAAUGAAUGACCAUCCUUUCCACCCUUGAGGG